GCGGCGGCGGCGGGGCGGCGGCCAUGCUGCGGCGGAAGCCGACGCGGCUGGAGCUGAAGCUGGACGACAUCGAGGAGUUCGAGGGCGUCCGGAAGGACCUGGAGGGCCGCAAGAAGCAGCGGGAGGAGGCGGAGGCGGCGGCCGGCGAGGAGGCGGCGGCGGCGGCGGCGGCGGCGGCCACGGCGCUGGCGCUGGGCACGGAGCACAAGAGCCGCGAGCAGCUCAUCAACGACCGCAUUGGCUACAAGCCCCAGCCCAAGGCCGGCGGCCGCGCCGCGCACUUCGGCACCUUCGAGUUCUAGCGGCCGGCCCCGAGCCGGGGGCUGCCCGAGGCUCUCCUCAGCGCGCCUGUGAGCGCCCCUCGGCUGCUUUGUGUUAAAUAAACGCGUGGUUUUUUAUUAGUAGGCCAACAA